UCAUCCUGGUCUUGGUGUGUGUGAGUCUGAUGUGGAUUCCAGUCAUCCAAACAGCCAAUAGUGGGCAGCUGUUUGAUUAUAUCCAGUCAGUGACUAGCUUUCUAGCUCCACCCAUUACUGCUGUAUUCCUAAUGGCUAUCUUCUGGCCACGUGCCAAUGAGCAGGGUGCAUUCUGGGGUCUGAUGACUGGCCUAGUGGUGGGACUGAUCCGCAUGGUUCUGGAGUUCUCCUAUGUAGCUCCUUCCUGUGGUCAGCCUGAUCACCGGCCUGCUAUCCUGGCUGAUGUCCACUACCUGUACUUUGCUCUCAUCCUGUUGGGUCUCACCUGCCUUAUCAUUGCUGCCGUCAGCUUGGCCACUGCCCCAAUACCCAAAGAACAUCUGUACAGGCUGACCUGGUGGUCCAGAUAUAGCCAGGAGCCUAGGAUCGACCUCACAGGUCCCCAGAUGACUUCUGACCCAGUGAACUCUAACUUCAGCAAUGACUCUGAUCCUUUGCCAGCUUCCUGGUGGCAGAGAGCUGCUCUGUGGCUCUGUGGUCUGACUGGUCCGAACUCUGGCCCCGCACCUCCAGGAACUGAAAACAGUGAGCUGAAUUCCUUGCAGGAGGACCCCCUCUGGCGAAGAGUCUGCAACAUUAACGCUCUGCUGCUACUGGCUCUUAAUGUGUUUCUCUGGGGAUACUUGGCUUAAUAUGCAGGUGUCAUAAAAUCCUGGAAAGGAUGUUAUUAGUAAGGUUAAACAGGUAUUUGGUUUUAUGUUGAAAAUGUAUGAUGACCUGAAAGCCUUGGUCCAGUGGCUAAACCAACCUAUUGCUGUACUGGAUCAGUAAUCUAUGCAACAACAGACUGUUGAUUUAGAAGUGUCUUAUCAGCAAAGACAUUUACUAUUUAAUAAUGAUCAUGUUCUACUUUGAUUUAACCA